AUGAUCGAGUCCGAAGUGGGAUUUGCUGGCUCGGCUGGUGCGGUUAGUCUGGCCGUUGAGUUCGCCAGAGAACAGGGCCUUCUGAACAACAUUAAUCUUACGUAAGAUUGCCUUUUUUAGAUUUCUUUUAUUUACUAGUAAUCUGUCGGGAAAAUAAUGAGCAUAGAAAAUCGCACCGCUGCUAAAAAAGUGAAUUGUAUCAAGGCAAAGUCAAAUUUCCUUUCACUUCAGCGACGCGAUCGACUCAACGACAUUUUGCUCAUUAUUUUCCCGACAGACUGACAUAAAAUUUUACUUCAAAGUUACAGGUUUGAAUGGAGAUUUUCGGAUGGAGAAGACUCCAGUGCCGCAGGGUAUGCGACACAAAUGCUCUAUGGUUCGCGGGUGCAUGCAAUUUUUGGGCCAGUCAAGUCCACGGAACAAGUGCCAGUCAAUGCGUUGGCCUCGUACAAUUACGUUCCACAUUUCAUUUGGGGCAAACCUUGUCCGUACAGCUUCAAAGAGGACCCUGACACAUUCAAUUCCACCGUGGCUAUGAGUGGAACCGCCUUGGGGUAAGCGCAAAUAAGCAAAUAAGUUAGGCGGACUAUAUAUCUGUCCGUCGGGAAAAUAAUGACUCUGUCGCAUCGAAAAUCGCAUCGCUGAAGAAAAAAAUCAUUGUGUCGCGGCAAAAUCAAAUUGCUUUUCACUCAGCGACGCGAUUAGCGCAGCGACAUUGCUCUCAUUAUUUUCCCGACAGACAGAUAAUUUUUUGAUAUUACGAUUUUUCAAAAGUGCAAAAAGUCGGCGCACUUUUGAAAAAUCGUAAUAUGCCUGUGCCUAAAAGUCUGUCGGGAAAAUAAUGUGGACUUGUCGCGCCUUGGAAUCGCCUAUUAUCGUUUUGCGACGUCUCGCCGCGGCCGAAGAUUCAGUCAGAGACUGCGAUGAUUUUUUUGCGACAAAUCCACAUUAUUUUCCAGACAGUUUGAUAGUAUAAAAGAAUUAUGAAUAAAAUUCCAAACCCCCCAUUUCUUCAGGAGUGUAGUAUCGAUGAUCCAUGUGUGCGAUAAGUAUCAAUGGUCCACACUGGCCUUCCUUUUUAUGCAGCCCGACAACCCUGAGGAAUAUCUGCCUUAUUGUGGGUCAGUGGCCAGUACAAUUGAUGUAAGUGGCGACAGCGGGUGUUACCUGUCUGUUGGGAAAAUAAUGAGCACAAUGUCGCUGUCGGGCGCUGAAGUGAAAAGAAAUUUGAUUUUGCCGCAACACAAUUCAUUUUCUCGAUGGUGACGCGAUUUUCGAUGCGACAGAGUGCUCAUUAUUUUCCCGACAGGCGGAAAUUUAAAAUUUUCCUUUUUUCCAGGACGCUCUCAACAAAUACAGCAAGAACAUUACAAUUGCAUACAAAAGAGAGAUCACCAAUCGAACCCUCACCAAUUACAAGCGAAUCUUGAGCAGUAUUGACAAGGUCGCGAGGAGUAAGUGGCGUCAACAAGAAGACUUGCAAAAUCAAUUUUAGUAACCGUUGUGUGCUUUGACAAUGACUACGAGAAACGUCAGCUGAUGCUGGCCGCAAGCGAGCUGCGCAUGAUCGGUGGGGACUAUCUGUAUCUGUUCAUGCAAAGCGAUGGAUCCGCCUACAGUAAGAAUGCCUUGGUUAACUAACGGGGGAAGCGACUGAAGCGUGGCGUUUCACUUGACACAAGUUUGAAUCAAUUUUUUCUAAGAGAUAUGCCAGAUUCCUAGUUCGCGCUUUGCAAAAAUUAACUGAGAUUUUCAGGCCAAAAGUUGGAAAGAUUCGGCACUUUUUUGAACUUCGAAACGGAAAUUUUCAUACCUAGUUCUACCGUAGAGACUAUCGUUCCCACAAAAAAAAAUUUUUUUGUCCGCGUAAACCUAGAAAGGUACGGUCAAAAAAAGUUUUCAUUCUGAUCGCUCUCCGCGCUUCGUGUACUCUCUCGGCCGCAAAGAUCGGACUUUGCGAGCGGACUAGUAGAUCAGCCAGGAACACAACUUGAUUUCAGGGACACCUCCGCUGUGGGAUGGCGAUGAUGGGCGAGAUGACGAGGCCAAAACCGCCUUCAUGUCCACUUUAAUUGUAAGUUAUUGCUAUCUGAAUUAAUUCUCAAAUCCCAGAUCGACAAACCGACUGCGAUUUUGUCAGCCGACUAUAACGAACGGGUAACGGAACUGGUCAAGGAGUACCCUUGGUAUUGCGAUAACUGCUCAACUGCUACAGGAAAUGUAGGUUAUCAGUCUGUCGUGAAAAUAAUGAGCACAAUGUCGUUGCUCUGACUGCGUCGCAGAAGUGAAAAGCAACUCGAUUUUGUCGCGACACAAUUCAUUUUCUCGGCGUCGAUGCAAUUUUCGAUGCGACAUUGUGCUCAUUAUUUUCCCGACAGACUGAAAAAAAGGCCCUUUAUCGAUGAUACAAUUCAAUUUCUCAAGGCCUCAAGUCUAAGCUACUACUUGGGAGACGCUGUGCUUAUAUAUAUCGCUGCGAUCAAUCGUACCAUCCAGCAAUACCAGACCGAUCUCAAUCUUCAAGCAAUUCUGCGCAACUCCUCGUAUGUCCUGCCAAAUAUGCCUGUGCAAAUGCCAAGUAAGACUGGCAGCUAUGAAAAGUUUCAAAGCGCCAAGGAGUGUCUAAUUCCACGACAAUUUCAGGCGUAGAAGGAGACAACGUGCUCAUCUUCAACGGCAGAAUAAGAGGGGUAAUCAAUGCGCUCUACGGUUUAGAUACUGGAGGCUCACAAAAUAUAUGGGCGACCAUUACCAGUUCCAACAAUAGCUCAAUCUUUGUAAGUCACAUCCUAACAAAUUUUGGACUGAAAAGUUUCAUGCCUACGUAUUUCUACCGUGAGGUUAUCAUCAUCCCAAGGACGGCACCUACAGUGGGGGACAUGAUCCAGUGGCAAAAAACGUAGCAUUUUGCAUCCGGGAAGCAUUUAAAAAUGUGGCAAAAUGCUUCCCUCUCCACGUGGAAAAGCUCCGAUUUCAAAAGCGCGCCCGCUCUUUUUGCGAGGGAAAGGGCGCGCCCUUCAAAACGGAGUUUUUUCACUUGAAGAGGGAAGUAUUUUGCCACAUUUUUGAUACUUCCCGAAUGCAAAAUGGCAUGUUUUUUUGCCACUGGAUCAGGUCCUUCACUGUAGCCUUCCGUUGCUACUGUAAUUUUUCGCUUUCAGAACCUAGACUCCUUCAUGCCCAACUACACGUCCGGUUCGGACUCCAUUUGGGCGGUUCGUGGCGGUCAUCGACCCUUAAACGAGCCGGAAUGCGGCUACGAAGGCAAUGAAUGCGCAGCGCCGGCGUGGACCUACGUUGUCAUCAGCGGCGCCAGCGUUAUCCUCUUUAUCACGCUGCUGCUGUUGCUCAGCGGGUGCGUUUUGUGGUUUCAGCGGCGGCAACGACAAAGGCUGAAUGCUUUAUGGCAAGUAGACUAUGCGAUGCUGAUGAAACCGGACCGAAUGGUGGGUGAUUUUGUUGGCUUUCUUUGGUUAAAAAAGAAGCUAAACUUUUUCUAUGGGAUUCAUCCUCAAGCAGGACAUUUCAGCUUGGUGCGAAAAGCCAACGCUCAAUCAGCAACAGUUUUUCGUUCACAAACCCGGAGAACGGAAGCUACGACAACAUUCAACUGUUCUACUAUCAAUACGAGCUUGUGGUCGGACGGAAGUUCCAGAUUUUCAAUCUAAACACCGCAAUUGAAGCCGAGUUGCGGGAAAUACGACUUUUAGACCACCCACAGUUGAAUCGAUUCCUUGGGCUCACUUAUAACGGACAAAUCGGUUAUCAACUGUAUCGGUAUUGCGAGAGAGGGACUAUUGAGAACGUCAUAGACGAGUACAAGGACCGGAUUGACGACAGGAUCGUGAACAGCAUGAUCAUGAACGUCGUUGAGGUGAAUCAGAACGCUGCCUGUUUUAUCAGGUUGUCGGGAAAAUAAUGAGCACAUUGUUGCGUCGAAAAUCACAUCGCCGGCGAGAAAAUGAAUUGUGCCGCGGCAAAAUCAAACUUCUUUUCACUUCAGCGACUCGUCUGGCACAGCGACAUUGUCCUCGUCGCUGAAGUGAAAGGCGAUUUGAUUUUGUCGCGACACAACUCAUUUUUUUGCGAUUUUCGAUGCGACUUCGCACUCACUAUUUUCCCGACAGACUGAUACUAAUAAUAUCGGAUUUCAGGGCUUGUCAUACAUCCACAGCUCACCUUAUGGCGCGUUGGGCUGUCUGAACGCCGAGUCUUGCCUAGUGGACGACAGAUUUCAAGUGAAGCUGCAAUACUACGGCAUGGAUGUGAUCAAGCAGAACACCAAAGUCGCUUUGACUAAUAAAAGUGAGUCACUCUUUCCACAUACAGUGGGGGCGUGAUCCAAUGGCAAAAAACGUACCAGUUCCACCCGGGAAGUAUCAAAAAUGUGGCAAAAUACUUCCCUCUCCAAGUGAAAGAACUCCGCUCUUUUCGUGAGGGAAAGGGCGCGCCCUUCAGAAGGAGGCAUUUUGCCACAUUUUUGAUGCUUCCUGGAUGCAGAAUCUGGAUCGGGUUCCCCACUGUAUGUACACUGCUCGACAAAAUUAUAAAUGCACUUCUAAAAUCGCUGUAACUUUUUUGGUUUUCAGUAAAACUGUCCCAUAUUUGGCCCAAAUGUGUACCAGUGUACUACAAAUCGUGUGCCAAAAAAUUAUUUUGAAAACUUUCCACAAUUUGGCAAAAGGUAAAAAAACCGAAAUUUUGGUGAUUUUCUUUGCGACAAAAUUAUAAAUUCGCGCAAUGUUUUGCCAUUUUCUUGCCGUUGGCGCUGAAGCAAAGUAAGUUAUUUGGCUUAGUGGUUUCCUUAGGGGUCCUUCUGGCAUGCUACGACGAAAAACAGUGACAGAAUUUGAAAAAGGCGAAAUUACGACCCUGAAACCGCAAAGACCUCGGGUUUGGCAGAUUUUGGCUCAGGUAGGCCGUUCAGCCGGAGUUGUGAAGAACUACUUGGCUCAUCCGGAAGUCUUCAACACGUCUAAACCUUCUGGCAAAAAAGGUUUACCACCGCGGCAGAAUUAAGGCAGAGAAAUCCGUUGAGCUUCUAACUACACCAUCUCUGGGUCUCAUAUAGAGCAAGAAAAAGGUCUCAAUUGUAGCAGGAUAGCUAUGCUGAGGGCCUAAGACACAGAGAUGUCAUCACUGGACGUCAUGUAAAGUCGUGCCCCCAGCUGGCCUAGGUUCGGUUAGCGCGCGACCGAAAUUGGCCAAGGUGAUUUUGACAAAACAGGUCCUCCAACAUUACGGCACAAGAAGUAACGCGGUUCUCUUCUGAUGUAAUGACAGUGAUAUGUCCUAUGUGGGAAACCGUCGGGGUCAUCGUCUGACCAUGCAAUCUCUAACAAGGGAAGUCACUUUUUUCGCAGACGGACUUCGGAACGGGACCUAGUAGGUUUCAAACCUGAAGCGUCUGCGAUCAUACAACUGAUUUCCAAAAGUGUUUACGGGGCUUCUCGGCCGAGAAAAUCGACCGCAAAGUUUAGCCGAAAUGAGCGAAUAGCCUCCUCAAAAGAAACAGCUUAUUUCAUCUGCAGUGGUGGCCGAGUGGUCAGCGCGCUCGCUUUUUGCGCCAGAAGACGUGAGUUCGACUUCGGUCGUCUGCGGAUGCAUUUCUUUUGGCCAUUGAAUCAAAUAGAGAGAUGCCGUUAACAUCACAUAUGCUAAUUAUUAGCAAUUUUUAAUAAAACACAAAUUUAGGAACUAUAUCUUCAUUAACCCAGCCCUGUUUUGACUUUACAAUAUUCAUGAACAUUCAGCUUUGAAUUUAUGUUUAAAUUACUGUAAAAAAUUACAAAAGUGUAUACAUUUUAUGUUUACAUACUAAAUCAAUAUUUACGAACCAAAAAAGAAAAUAAACUGCGCAGAGGAUCGAACCCGCCUCUUCUGGCGCAAAAAGCGAGCGCGCUGACCACUCGGCCACCACUGCAGAUGAAAUAAGCUGUUUCUUUUCAGGAGGCUAUUCGCUCAUUUCGGCUAAACUUUGCGGUCGAUUUUCUCGGCCGAGAAGCCCCGUAAACACUUUUGGAAAUCAGUUUUAUGAUCGCAGACGCUUCACAUUUGAGACCUACUAGGUCCCGUUCCGAAAUCCGUCUGCGAAAAAAGUGACUUCCCUUGUAAGGAAUUCGGUUCUGCAACGCUGGGAAACUGACCCUUGACUAUUCAACCUGUUUUGUCAAGGUCAUCUUGGCCAAUUUCGGUCGCGGGCUAACCGAACCUAGGCCAGCUGGGGGCACGACUUUACAUGACGUCCAGUGAUGACAUCUCUGUGUCUUACAAGGGAAUGGUUUGAACUGUCCGUGAGCUUUCGACAUGAGACCCCCAAAUUCUGAAAGAGCGUACAAAAUUUAGUAGGAAUCCGUUUUCUAUUUUUGCCGAAUGGUCUUGAGAGACGAGAAAUAUCGACAGAAAUAUCCGACUAAAGGAAAUGAAAGAGAGAAAAGAUAAACCGAAAGGCCCAAGAAAGCGUUACCAAAUAGUCUCGUGGAAAAAGUUCCACGCGCAAAUCUUUUGGCAGAGGGAGGUCUUGGAGGUUCGAGUCCAACCGAAACGGAUAUCCUCGGCUUGAACGUAAAUAUCAGUUACUGUAUUCUAUAGCUAUGUAAAAAAUUUUUUAAAGUUUAUUCAGGUGUUUUACAGAUUUCUUUGCAAAAUUUCGAGAAAACUUGACAAUUUGGCAACAUUUUUGAGUUUUCGAUGAUGCCAUUUGUCAAUCUUCUGGUAUGUUAAAGAUGUUUUUGGACCAUUCCAGGAGGUGUUCCAUGAUCUUGCAGAUUUUUUCGGGAUUCCAGAAAAGAAUGUUGCCAACUUUUCACCUUUCCUCAAAAUUUUGCAAAAAAAGUUGAAAAGAUUAUUUUUGGAUCCCUGCGUCAGCGUAUAAUGGACCGCGUGAAUAUUUACGAAAAAGUCGAUUUUGAAUCUUUUGGUUUAAAAUGACUGUAAACAUGUAUUUAACAAAAGCCCAAAAUAUUUUUCCCGAAUUCUGCCAUGAAGGUAGAAAUUUGCAUAAAUUUGUCCUUUCUUGAAUUUUAUGCCUCACGGCAUCAUAGAAAGAGGUAAUGACCCGAAAUUCUGGAUAUAUACGUUUUUGCUGAUUGAGCAUUCAAUUUUUUGAAAAUCAAGUUUCUAAGAUUACUGUAACAUAAGUACAUUAAAACCGGUCGAUAAAAAUCGACCGUCCCAAGACCAUUCGGCAAAAACAGAAAGCGGAUUCUUACUAAAUUUUGUACGCUCUUUCAGAAUUUGUGGGUUUCAUGUUGAAAGCUCACGGACAGUUCAAACCAUUUCCUUGUUAGGCCCUCAGCAUAGCUAUCCUGCUACAAUUGAGACCUUUUUCUUGCUCUAUAUGAGACCCAGAGAUGGUGUAGUUAGAAGCUCAACGGAUUUCUCUGCCUUAAUUCUGCCGCGGUGGUAAACCUUUUUUGCCAGAAGGUUUAGACGUGUUGAAGACUUCCGGAUGAGCCAAGUAGUUCUUCACAACUCCGGCUGAACGGCCUACCUGAGCCAAAAUCUGCCAAACCCGAGGUCUUUGCGGUUUCAGGGUCGUAAUUUCGCCUUUUUCAAAUUCUGUCACUGUUUUUCGUCGUAGCAUGCCAGAAGGACCCCUAAGGAAACCACUAAGCCAAAUAACUUACUUUGCUUCAGCACCAACGGCAAGAAAAUGGCAAAACAUUGCGCGAAUUUAUAAUUUUGUCGCAAAGAAAAUUACCAAAAUUUCGGUUUUUUCAACUUUUUUCCAAAUUGUGGAAACUUUCCACAAUAAUUUUUUGGCACAAGAUUUAUAGUACACUGGUACACAUUGGGGCCAAAUAUGGCACAGUUUUAUUGAAAACCAAAAAAGUUACAGCGAUUUUAAAAGUGCAUUUAUAAUUUUGUCGAGCAGUGUAUAUCCAACUCAUACCGCUUGCAGAGGUCCUCUAUAUUGCCCCCGAACUGCUGCGUCUACCGAUUAUCUGCCUAAGCGGCACCAAACCCGGCGAUAUCUACUCUCUAUCCAUUCUCCUCGCACAAAUCGUCACUCGGCAUUCUGUCUGGAGCAUCAAGGAGAGAAAUCUGAAUAUUGAGGAGGUUUGCCGCCGCGUCAUCAAGAAGACGGAGCCUUUGGAGAGGCCGUCACUGGAGCACGACAACAACGUCUAUAUCGAUACGCGCCUCCAAAUUAUGAUUCAGAAUUGCAUGGAGGAGAGGCCGGAGAAUCGGCCCGAAAUUCAGCAUGUCAAGAGUGUGGUGAAGAGCCUGGACAACAAGAAGAGCAGCAACUUGAUGGACUACAUGUUCGCGUUGAUGGAGGAUCGCGCAAUGGACCUCGAGCAGCAGGUUCAAUCGCAAACGGCCGAGUUGUUGGACGAGCAACGCAAAGCCAACCUCCUUCUGUACCGCAUGAUGCCCGCCUCGGCGGUGGACGUGCUGCGGCGGGGAGAGAGCGUGAAGCCCGAGCUCUACGACAUGGCUACGGUCUUCUUCUCGGAUAUCGUUGGGUUUACGGUGCUUUCCUCGAAAAGCUCCCCGCUUCAAAUCAUCAGUUUCCUGAAUCAGGUCUACACCAUGACCGAUGACAUUAUCGACCAGCAUGAUGUGUAUAAAGUGGAGACAAUCGGCGAUGGAUUGCAUUGCGUGUCGGGAAUUCCGACACGGAAUGAGAACAAUCACGUCAGAGAGAUAGCGGACAUGGCGUUAGCGCUGCAGAAGUCAGUCAAACUGCUGUACCUGCCUCACUUGCCAAACGAAAAGAUCCAGAUGCGGUUUGGAAUUCAUUCAGGACCCUGUGUUACUGGGAUUGUUGGAAUCACGGCCCCAAGAUACUGUGUUUUCGGAAAUACAGUGAGCUUAGCGGCCAAAAUGGAGAGUUCGAGUAAACGUAAGUAAAUUUGUGCCAAGCUUCAUUUUAUAGCUUCUAACUUUCUAACAUAAAACUGGGUAGGAGUGCAAUCGUGUGCAUGCAAACUUAACGUUGUCCCUUUCAGCAGGUCGGAUCCACGUAAGCCCAACAUCCAAAGAAUUGAUCGAUCAGUUCUUUCGCACACGUUUUCAUUUGGUGGAGCGGGGAGAAAUACACAUAAAGGUACACACCAGGUUCUGUGGAUUCUGAGGAUUUGCACAGCGCGGUCUUCGCGCGUCGCUGCGAAAAUCGCGAAAAAAGUGCUUUGCACAGUGCAUUUGACCCAAAAACACCAUAUGCUCAGUGCAACUUCGUUUUUUGCCGUACAUCGCGCGCGAUUCCCAUUUAUCGCUGCAAAAAAUCAUUUUUUCAGAGUGUGGCGGGAUUCGGGGCCGCGACAACUGCUCAGGACUUUUUGCUCGACAUUCUGCUUCGAGAAAUCCAUAGUCCUGAUAAUUUGUCGCGCCCCCGAAUUCUGUCGCACUCAGAAAAAUUUAUUUUUCACUACGAAAAAUGGGAAUCGCGGACGAUGCAAGGGAAAAAACGAAAAUGCACUGUGCAAAUGGUGUGUUUGGGUCAAAUGAACUGUGCAGUCCACUUUUUUCGCGAUUUUCGCAGCGACGCGCCAAAACCGCACUGCGCAAAUUAUCAGGGCUUUUUGUCCCUAAUGAUAAUUCUUUCGCUUUUCAGAACCAUGACGUCAUGCGCACCUACUGGCUGGUUCCGGCCAGCGAAGUAGAGGACUUUCAGGCAUAG